AUGGAUUCGAAGUUGCAUCUUCAGGAUGAUGAAAAAGAUGCAGGAAAUGACUCAUGUGACCCAAGUCUAAGGUUGGAUACCUAUGACAAUGGGCCACCCCAACCUCAACCAAAUCCUCAACAGUACCCCCCUAUUUCAUCCCAUGGUUCCUCUCAAUACUUCCAUCCUUCUUUCCCUCAGGCACCAAACACCUUCACUGGUCCUAAGUUUCUUGUUCCUGGCUAUCUUGACCCAAUGAACAAUUGCUUCAUUCCAUCCCCCACUGCACCUGUGCUGCCCUCCAUGAAUAGUUACCCUGUUGGUGGUUUGGGUCAAAACUAUCAUCCAUAUCAACAUAUGGAUGCCAGUUCUUCUGACUCAACAAAAAGAUGUGCUCACUGCAGAAGUGCUUAUACCCCAAUGUGGCGCCGAGGGCCACAAGGCCCCCGGUCCCUUUGCAAUGCCUGCGGGCUCAGGAACAGAAAAGAAGAGGAGAGAAAGAAAGCCGAAGAUCGGCUCAAUCAGCCAAGAAACUAA